CAUUUUCUCAAACACUUUUUUUAAGGAUCACAAACACUUUGACAACUGCUUACCUACCGCCCGACGCCACGCCAGUAAAGAAAAUCCUAAUUCAAUUCGGUAGACGAGGAGAGGGUAGUCAUGGGUGAAGAUGUUGAACUGAACCAGCGCGGCGGAGCUGAGACGAUCUCUACUACAAACCGCCGCAUCAGCGGCGGCGAUAAAAACAACGGCGAAAACCUAGCCAAAGACGGUGAGUUUGAAGGACCGGCUUCUUCGUCCGCCGCGUCAUCGUUUCCAUCGCAAUAUUCCAAGAACAAAGGAAAGUCCUGCAAAGGAUGUUUAUAUUAUUCUUCGGCCUUCCAGUCCAAAUCUCGGAAUCCCCUCUGCGUUGGUAUCACUCGUUCUCUACCCCAAGUCCCUCGAUAUAUAGUUGGGCAAUCAGAAGAGGAAGCUUCUAAAGCGGGUAGAAGCCUAACAGAUUUCAGGUAUGCUUGUGUUGGUUAUUCUGUUUACCCAGAUAACAAAUCUCACCCAACUGAUGGACAACAAACACAGACAGAACUGCCAGCUUGUGUUGGUCUUGAGAUUCUACUAGAUAAAAGGACUGUCCCGACUAACCAUCCUAAUCGUGCUCCUGCACAGGCCCAUAAUCGGGAAGAUGUUGGAGCGCCUCAACCUCGCCCUCAUAAACCGCCGUACCCAGCCGGGGAUGAAUUCCUAACCAGGUUCUCUAGGAAUGCUAACCUGGUUGCCAAUGGAGUAGCCAAGAACUUGAGGAAGGUGGGUAACAGAAUAAAGCACAGCUUUGAUGACAUCCUUAAUCGACGGCCAAAAUAAGAUCUCUGUCGCUGGUCACUCCAAACGGGGAGAUGUGGGACUCAAUAAUGUACUCUUCUUUCCCUACAAACGUUCUGUAAUUGUGUUUCAACAACUUAUCCCAUCCUCUUUAGAGCAUUAUCAGUCGGGAUAUUGUAGGUUGGAAGGAAAAUGUUUUUGUUUUGUUUUGUUAUUUUGGCAUAUAACCCAAUGGUGACAGGUAACAAUAAAUAGUUCUUAAAUACAAACUCUUGGUAUGUGAAUUGUAUCAUGUGAGUCAUACUUGGGUGACAAUAUUCAUGUCUCGCAGGCCACACUUGUUCAAAUCUAGCAAGAUAUAAAUCCAAAAAAAAUCUAGCACGAUAUUAUUUGAA